UUUACCGGAACUUUUGGAACUUGUUUCUGUUUACGUAAACAAAUUUCCCCGUCAUAAUACUUUUUGAAAAGUUUAUCUUAAAUUCCUAACCCAAGCUAUGCCUUUUACGAGGUGUUUGAUUCCUGCUGUUAGCAGAUUUGUUAUUUUAUUCGAAACUACCCUAAACUAGUGCAGCGUCACUUCCUGUUUUGACUCAUUUCAAUUUUCAGAAUUUUUACGAUUUGGAACACUGAACAGCUUGGCAAAGUUGACGGUCUUAUGAUUGGAUCUCUUUUAUUGGCACAUCUAUAAGAGUAUAAGUUUAUAACGGAUAACAAUUGUUUUUGCCUGGAUUGGAAUCAACUGAACAAAACCAAGUAGAUAGACACUGAUUUGUGUUCACACCAGUUCACUGACUAGGGUGCAGUUGUCAUUCCGAUUACAAACUUAAACAGUAACUCUACUAACUGAGAAGCCAGAAGGGUUCUACCUUAUUUCUUACUUACUGGUGAUAAUAAACACAGAUACAGCUUAGAAGAAUCCAGCAGCCAUGCGUCUGUACUCACUCUCUAUUUUGUUCAAGACGGCCGAUGGACAGGUUAAGCAGUUGAAAGCUGCCCAUGACGUGGCUUCAUUUGGAUAUUUUCAAAGAGGAAGUAUUCGGGAGUUUAUGGAUUUCACCAGUAAAAUUCUCGUUGAGAGAACUUCCAUUUGUUCGAGAACAUCAGUCAAAGAACAGGAAUAUAUUUGCCACGUGUAUGUUCGCAGUGAUUCGCUAGCAGGCGUGGUUAUUGCUGAUCAUGAGUACCCCAAGAGGGUGGCCCACACGUUGCUCAACAAGGUGCUUGAUGAAUUUUGUGCCAAGUAUCCCAAAGGAACUUGGAAUAUACCAGAAAGUAGUAUAAAUUUUCCAGUUUUACCCCAGUACUUAGAAAAAUACCAGAAUCCAAAGGAAGCGGAUGCCAUGACAAAGAUACAGACAGAGUUAGAUGAAACAAAAAUUAUUCUUCAUGACACAAUUGAAGCUGUGUUAGACCGUGGAGAAAAACUUGAUGAUUUGGUUGACAAAUCGGAGGGGUUGAGCACACAGUCGAAAGCUUUCUAUAAAACAGCCAAAAAGACAAACCAGUGUUGUAUUAUUCUAUGAGUGAGAGAUUCGUAUGUAUUCGCUGUCAACACGUGUCAUGUUUGUUGUGCCAUUCUCAGUGAAACAUUGUCACCUGACAAGGAACACAAGAUGAUCGUCCUCUUGUUAAACUCUCCACCAUUCCACAGAACGAAGCUACAGCACCACUUCUCAUCUUGCAUACAACAGACGCAGGUGAUUCUCAGUGAACAAAUAUGGUAGCGCUUUGCCAAAUUGUCUUUGGUAUUCAACAGCCACAUUGAAGUUUUUAUUAUUAACCAAAUGACGUGUGACAAAACAUACCGUUGUGUGUCUUGAAUUGACACACUGGUGAACUCAUUAUGAAAUACACUCAUCUUCAUUCUGAUGGAAUCAGUGAAUGCUGGCUGCAGGUUUUGGUGGGUGGGAUUGUUGUCACCCACGAUUCGUAGUUGUCAUGCUUCAGCUAUUGAGAUUGAGUUGAAUGUUGUGAUGUGUGUGAGUGUGUGGUUAUACUAAUGUUGGGUUGUCUGGAUGUGUGUUAGUGUGUGGUUAUACUAAUGUUGGGUUGUCUGGAUGUGUGUUAGUGAAGAUGAUGUCAACACAAGUGUCUAUGAUGCGUAGAAAUGUAUGAGACUUGAAUUUGAAAAUGUGUGCGAGUGCGUGGUUAUACUAAUGUUGGGUUGUCUGAACAUGUGUCAGUGAUCAUACUUAUGUCGUCUAGUGUGAUAUGCUUACAAGUGCCGAGAUGUGUGUUUGUCAUUGUUUUUGUUGAAUUGUUUGUGUAUGUGCGUGCGUGUGUUUUUGUUUGCAUGUGCUGAUGUUGAAGACCUAGACUCCACACUAAUCAUUCGCACACCCAAACCACAGCAGUUCUUAUCAUAAGUUACUGUAGUGCACAAACCCAUAUGACUCUUAGGACAAAUAAACAUAAUUAAAAAGUCAUUGAUUAAUUUGUUAUACAUUGUGUAUUCCAUAUUGUAUUGUUAAUCUGACUCGACUUGAAGCAGGACACAGGACUUGACAUGGAAUUCCAGUCGAUGAUCCCAGACUGGCUUGGACUUGAAGCAGGACACAGGACUUGACGUGGAAUUCCAGUCGAUGAUCCCAGACUGGCUUGGACUUGAAGCAGGACACAGGACUUGACGUGGAAUUCCAUCCAAUGAUUCCAGACUGGCUUGGACUUGAAGCAGGACACAGGACUUGACGUGGAAUUCCAGUCGAUGAUCCCAGACUGGCUUGGACUUGAAGCAGGACACAGGACUUGACGUGGAAUUCCAGUCGAUGAUUCCAGACUGGCUUGGACUUGUCUUCAUUAACCAGCUUUUGACUUGCUAACAUGUGUGCAGUUGUCUUGUAACGAGAUGCGUGUGUGUCAUGAUUCAUGUUUUAACUGAUGUUGAAAUGUGCCAAUUCCUAAGCUUGCAUGCUAUAAUGCCAGUAUGAGUAUAUGAAUGUACAGUGUGCUUGCUUAGUGUAGUAAAAUAAUUUGAGGGUACGUAAUAAAUACUAAAUAAACCAUCAGUGCUGUACUAAGUGGUUAUGGGUAAGAAAUGUUUAGAAAUUGGACAAAGCAUUUCAAGCACAUAGACCAGUUUCAAAUAGCGGUUGUCUUUCUGUCAUCUGUCUAAAAAUUAACAAAAUAUAUCUCUUAAUUUCCCAGAUUUUAGGGUAUGUAAUUUGAAACCCUGUGUGUACCACUAGGUGUAUUGGAGUUACUGUCUGGCAGAAACACUGUAUGUACCACUACGUGUAUUGGAGUUACUGUCUGGCAGAAACACUGUAUGUACCACUACGUGUAUUGGAGUUACUGUCUGGCAGAAACACUGUAUGUACCACUACGUGUAUCGAGUUACUGUCUGGCAGAAACCCUGUAUGUACCACUACGUGUAUCGAGUUACUGUCUGGCAGAAACACUGUAUGUACCACUACGUGUAUUGGAGUUACUGUCUGGCAGAAACACUGUAUGUACCACUAUGUGUAUUGGAGUUACUGUCUGGCAGAAACCCUGUAUGUACCACUACGUGUAUUGGAGUUACUGUCUGGUAGAAACCCUGUAUGUACCACUACGUGUAUUGGAGUUACUGUCUGGCAGAAACCCUGUAUGUACCACUACGUGUAUUGGAGUUACUGUCUGGCAGAAACCCUGUAUGUACCACUACGUGUAUCGAGUUCUGUAUUUACCACUACGUGUAUUGGAGUUACUGUCUGGCAGAAACCCUGUAUGUACCACUACGUGUAUUGGAGUUACUGUCUGGCAGAAACCCUGUAUGUACCACUACGUGUAUUGGAGUUACUGUCUGGUAGAAACCCUGUAUGUACCACUACGUGUAUUGGAGUUACUGUCUGGCAGAAACCCUGUAUGUACCACUACGUGUAUUGGAGUUACUGUCUGGCAGAAACCCUGUAUGUACCACUACGUGUAUCGAGUUCUGUAUGUACCACUACGUGUAUUGGAGUUACUGUCUGGCAGAAACCCUGUAUGUACCACUACGUGUAUUGGAGUUACUGUCUGGCAGAAACCCUGUAUGUACCACUACGUGUAUUGGAGUUACUGUCUGGUAGAAACACUGUAUGUACCACUACGUGUAUUGGAGUUACUGUCUGGCAGAAACACUGUAUGUACCACUACGUGUAUUGGAGUUACUGUCUGGCAGAAACCCUGUAUGUACCACUACAUGUAUUCGAGUUACUGUCUGAAUGUUUGUGUUAAGGAUUCAUUGUGGGGUCAUUCUCAACUUGUAUUGUAUUGGUAGCAGGUGUGGAUACAGAUUGUGUAAUGGUGGUGUGUGUGUUUGGGUGUGACACAUCCAUGUGUGGUGUGUGUGUAUGUAUGUAUGCUAACUUGUGAUGGUAUAUUACAUUGUCAGUUCUCAUAUUGUGGAAUUGAUUUGUCGCAAAUCACUAUUGUGAUAUGUCACUACUGGAGUUAUUUUAACAAGGCACAAACCAGUAAAAUAGCAUCCCACCUGUAGGGAUUAAAAUGGAGAAUAAUACAUUUUAGUGUGACAUUGCGAGUGUUAAAACAUUAGUGUUGAGGGUCUGUUCUGAAUGGUUAACUAAUAAAAACAUACACCAGA